UUGAAUCCUUCCUCUCCUUUCUCUCUCUCUAGUGCAGUAGCACUUCUCUCUAAUGCAAUCGCUUUAGGGAAUCUCUCUUUUUUUUUGCAGUUGCUUUCUCUCUCUAGGGAUCCUCUCUUUUGCAGUUGCUUUCUCUCUCUAGGAUUGCCAUGACGCAGCAGUUCCUGUCAAGAAAAGCCUCGUGCAACUCACAUGGCCAAGACUCAUCUUACUUCUUGGGGUGGCAGGAGUACGAGAAGAACGCCUACGAUGAGAUCAAGAACCCUAGUGGAAUUAUACAAAUGGGCCUUGCAGAGAACCAGUUAUCAUUCGAUCUCCUGGAGUCAUGGCUGGCUGAAAACCCUGAAGCUGCAGGUUUCAAGCAUAAUGGUGCAUCCGUGUUUAGAGAGCUAGCUCUUUUCCAAGACUACCAUGGGAUGCCAUCUUUCAAGAGUGCAUUAGCAUCAUUCAUGGGAGAAAUCAGAGGAAACAAAGCCAGUUUCGAUCCUGCAAGACUGGUUCUCACUGCUGGUGCAACUUCGGCGAAUGAAAUCCUAAUGUUCUGCGUGGCUAACCGAGGAGAAGCCUUUCUAAUUCCUACUCCCUACUAUCCAGGAUUUGAUCGUGACCUGAAGUGGCGAACUGAAGUCGAGAUAGUACCGAUACACUGCGAUAGCUCGAACGACUUCCAGAUACGGGAAUCUGCGCUGGAAGCCGCCUACAAGAGUGCCAUGAGCCAGAAGCUCAAGGUUAAAGGAAUUUUGAUAACAAACCCGUCGAACCCUCUCGGAACGACCAUGACUCGCGCCACCCUGAAGAUGCUCUUGAGUUUCAUAGCAGACAAGGGCAUCCAUUUAGUCUGCGAUGAAAUUUAUUCUGGAACGGUCUUUGGAUCCCAAAACUUUGUCAGCAUUGCAGAGGUCCUUCCACUGAACCACCCGGCACGCCAGAGGGUGCACCUGGUGUACAGUCUGUCGAAAGAUCUCGGCUUGCCAGGCUUUAGGGUGGGUGCCAUCUACUCUUACGGCGAUACAGUGGUGGCGGAAGCGACAAAAAUGUCAAGCUUCGGACUUGUGUCCUCGCAGACUCAGCACCUGCUCGCUCCACUCCUGUCCGACAACAAGUUCACGUCUUCCUACUUAGUUGAGAACCGCAGGCGGCUCAAGCAACGGCAACAGGCGCUCGUUAGGGGCCUUCAGAAUUCUGGAAUCAGUUGCCUGCAGGGAAAUUCAGGGUUGUUCUGUUGGGUGAACAUGAGUCACUUGUUGCAGUCACCGACAUUUGCAGGUGAGAUCGAGCUGUGGAAGUCGAUACUCUAUGAGGUGGGCCUCAACAUAUCCCCGGGCUCCUCGUGCCAUUGCACCGAGCCGGGAUGGUUCAGGCUGUGUUUCGCAAAUAUGUCACAAAAUACUUUGGAUGUUGCAUUACAGAGGAUACAGCGCUUUGUCUCUGCCAGGAGUAGCAGGAAUAAAACUGGCAGUUGUGCAACCAGACAUGGUUUUUCCGGCAAGUUGUCCUUCAGAAAGUGGGUUUUGCGAUCGUCAACUGCGGCGUACUCGUCGGAACGUUAGGAAUUCCAGCGACCCAACCAAUGCUUGUGUUUUUGCUUGAUCCUCUACAGAAGCUACCAUUCUUUGUAUGUGUAUUUUGCUACUGUUUUUUUUUUAGAUUUUUUGGUGUCUUGUUUUGUAAAAAGAGAGCAGUCGGUCCAUGUGGACUCUGAAGUGUGGCCCGUUCAUAAAAUGUGUAAAAGCGAGGGGA